AGGGGCGUCCACGCGCCGCCACACUCUUUGUUUGGGACCCCGCUUGGGUUGCCGACCCUGGGAGUGCGGGGUCUUGGAGCUGGGACGCAGACUCGCAAGCACCAGAUCUGGGCACGGAGACAGUUGAGGCCAGAAGAAUUUACCACGUGUCCUCACAGUUUUAAGAAAAAGGACUUUAAAAAGCCCAGAGUCUGUGGAGUGUGCAGACAGACCAUUGACGGUCAAGGGAUUGCUUGCCGAGCCUGCAAAUAUUCCUGCCACAAGAAAUGUGAAGCCCAGGUGGCGAGUCCCUGCUCUGUGCAACUACACCCCGGCCAGGCUCCGGAGAGUUCCACCCCACCUGCUGCUCAACGUGGUGACAAGCCUUCAAGACCCCUGGUCCUGAGUGCAGCCAUGGAGGACAGCCAUGAGCUGGACCUUACGUACGUCACAGAGCGUAUCAUCGCGGUGUCCUUCCCUGCCAGCUGUUCAGAGGAGUCGUAUUUGCACAGCCUGCAGGAAGUCACGCGCAUGCUCAAGUCCAAGCAUGGAGACAACUACCUGGUAUUAAACCUUUCAGAGAAGAGAUAUGACCUUACAAAGCUUAAUCCAAAGACCAUGGAUGUGGGCUGGCCUGAACUACAUGCACCACCUCUGGACAAGAUGUGCACCAUAUGUAAAGCCCAGGAGUCCUGGCUGAACAGUGACCCCCAGCAUGUGGUCGUCAUCCACUGUAGGGGCGGCAAAGGACGCAUCGGAGUGGUCAUAUCCUCCUACAUGCACUUCACCAAUGUCUCAGCCAGCGCUGACCAGGCCCUGGACAGGUUUGCAAUGAAGAAGUUUUAUGACGACAAAGUCUCAGCUUUAAUGGAGCCCUCUCAGAAGAGGUAUGUGCAGUUUCUCAGCGGGCUGCUAUCUGGAGCGAUGAAGAUGAACGCCUCACCCCUGUUCCUGCACUUCGUCAUUCUGCAUGGCGCCCCCAACUUCGACACCGGAGGAGCGUGCCGGCCCUUCCUGAAGCUCUACCAAGCCAUGCAGCCCGUGUACACGUCUGGGAUCUACAAUAUUGGCCCCGAAAACCCCAGCAGGAUCCGUAUUGCCAUAGAGCCGGCCCAGCUGCUGAAGGGCGACAUCAUGGUGAAGUGUUAUCACAAGAAGUUCCGCUCAGCCACCAGAGAUGUCAUUUUCCGCCUGCAAUUCCACACCGGAGCUGUGCAGGGCUACGGACUGCUGUUUGGGAAGGAGGAGCUGGACAGUGCCUGCAAAGACGACCGUUUUCCUGACUACGGCAAGAUUGAAUUGGUCUUCUCGGCCACACCUGAGAAGAUUCAAGGAUCGGAGCAUCUGUACAGUGACCAGGGAGUGAUGGUGGACUAUAACACGGCGGAGCCGCUGAUUCGGUGGGACUCCUAUGAGAACAUGAGUGCUGACGGAGAGGUGCUACACACUCAGGGCCCAGUGGAUGGAAGCCUGUAUGCCAAGGUGAGGAAAAAGAGUGCCUCAGAUUCUGGCAUCCCUGGCAGCCCUCAGGGCAUGCCAGCUACCAGCAGUCCAGACCACGGCGACCACACCCUGUCAGUCAGCAGUGACUCGGGUCACUCUACUGCCUCGGCCAGGACUGAUAAGACUGAAGAGCGGCCAGUCCCAGGAGCACAGAGGGGCCUGAGCCCUCAGGAGAAGGCUGAGCUGGACCAACUACUCAGUGGAUUCGGCCUGGAAGACUCGUCGAGCUCCCACAAAGACAUGACGGAUGCCCGCAGCAAGUAUAGCGGGGCGCGCCACGUGGUGCCAGCCCAGGUCCAUGUGAAUGGGGACGCUGCCCUAAAGGACCGUGAGACUGACAUUCUGGAUGAUGAGAUGCCCCACCACGAUCUGCACAGUGUGGACAGCCUGGGUACUCUCUCUUCCUCUGAAGGGCCACAGUCGGCCCACCUGGGCCCCUUCGCCUGCCUCAAGAGCAGCCAGAACUCCCUCCUGUCUGAUGGCUUUGGCAAUGGUGUCACUGAAGACCACCACGGUGUCCUCUCCCCAGACCUAGGCCUUGGCGUGGACUCCCUUUGUGAGCGGGAGCGGGUGUGCGGGGACCGAGAGCCGAGGCAGCUGCAGCCCCUGCUGAGGAAGCCCUCCGCGCCCACCCCCACACAGGCCUAUGGGCAAAGCAACUAUUCCACCCAGACCUGGGUGCGUCAGCAGCAGAUGGUGACUGCCCACCAGUACAGCUUUGCCCCAGAUGGGGAGGCCAGGCUGGGCAGCCACAGCACCGUGGACAGUGCUAGCCUUGCCCAGCCCCAACCCCACAUCCCAGUCACCCCCACGCGUGGGGCCAGCAGCAGGGUGGCUGUUCAGAGAGGCAUCAGCAAUGGGCCAAGUCCUCCUGACCCACAGCCACUCUGUCCUGGUAAAGCACUCCAGCCCAGAUUUGCAGAGGACAGAGUCAUGAAUGGAGUCCAUCAGGAGCGGAACACCGGUCCUUCCCCGGGCUCUCCUACUCUGGAUAUCGACCAGUCCAUUGAGCAGCUUAACAGGCUGAUCUUGGAGCUGGACCCCACCUUUGAGCCCAUCCCCACACAUAUGAACGCCUUAGGCAUCUCGGCCAAUGGCUCUGUAUGUCCUGAUGGUGUGGGAAAUGGGCUCCGGUGUGGUGUGAGGCUGGACCCCGCGGAAGGCCCUGGCCGGAGCCCUGGCCGGCAAGGUGAUGAGUCCAUCGCGGGACGCCUCCGGAAGCUGUAUGACAAUGAUGCUGGGAGCCAGGGGUCCUUCUCUAAGUGUGGGUGGGGAAAGGCCGGUGUGGACCCAGCCACAAAUCUGGGACCAUUUUCCUCUCCUGCAGACAUCAAAGAGACGAUGAUCACUGCAUAUCCCCCUGACCUUGAUAUGAUCGACGGCAGGAUUUCAAACAACAAGGAGUCUAUGUGUCUGACCCCAGUGUUCCCUGUGUCUCCAGAAACUCCAUAUGUGAAGACAUCCCCACGUUACCCUCCGUUUAGCCCGCCUGAGCCCCAGCUCAGCAGCCCAGCCAGUUUGCGCAAAGGAGGACGUGAACCACGAGGCUGCCCAGAGAUUAUCAGCCACACUGUGGGGAUGUCAGAGAGUCCCAUCGGACCCAAACCCACCGUGCUUCGGGCUGAUAUGCCUGCAACACCCAACUUUCAGCAGAUGUUUGCAUCUUCCUGCACAGUUUCAAGCGGUGGACCUGGCCAGAGGAGAGAGAGCCCGCCUUCUGCAGAACGCCAGUGGGUGGAGAGCAGCCCCAAGUCUACCCUAGCCCGACUGGGGAAUAGCCACCCCUCUGAAAGUCCCCGCGGCACCCACGAGUUCUGCGUCUCCGGCAAGGACUCUCCAGGGCGGCCCUGCUUCCAAUCCUCAGAGCUCCAGGCCUCCUUUCACAGCCAUGAGCUGUCCAUGUCAGAGCCUCAAGAUGCUCUGCCCCCCGCAGGCAGCCAAGCCUUCUUAGGCUUCAACACUGCCUCGGUAUCAAGUGGCCUUCCGCCUGGCGAGGACCCAGGUGCCCUGCUGGUCAAUUCCCAUGGGACAUCAUCAGCUCCUGGGGCCCCUCUGACAACAGCAGGGGCUACUGACAAUGGCUUCCUGCCCCACAACUUUCUCACGGUGUCACCUGGACCCAGCAGUCACCACAGUCCAGGCCUGCAGAACCAGGGGUUAAGCCUGCCCGGGCAGCCGCCCCUCCCUGAGAAGAAGAGAGCCUCGGAGGGUGACCGCUCUUUGGGCUCAGUCUCACCCUCCUCCAGUGGCUUCUCCAGCCCCCACAGCGGGAGCACCAUGAGUAUCCCCUUCCCGAAUGUCCUUCCAGACUUCUGCAAGCCUUCAGAAGUAGCCUCACCCUCGCCAGACAGCCCAAAUGAUAAACUCGUGAUUGUGAAGUUUGUUCAAGACACUUCCAAGUUCUGGUACAAGGCAGAUAUCUCACGGGAGCAAGCCAUCGCCAUGUUGAAGGACAAAGCUCCUGGGUCAUUCAUUGUGAGGGACAGUCACUCUUUCCGAGGCGCCUACGGCCUGGCCAUGAAGGUGGCCACACCUCCUCCUUCCGUCUUGCACCUGAACAAAAAAGCUGGAGAUUUGUCCAAUGAGCUCGUCCGGCAUUUCUUGAUUGAGUGUACCCCGAAGGGAGUGCGGUUGAAAGGGUGCUCCAAUGAACCAUACUUUGGGAGCCUGACGGCGUUGGUGUGCCAGCACUCCAUUACACCCUUGGCUUUGCCCUGCAAGCUGCUCAUUCCGGAGAGAGAUCCACUGGAGGAAAUAGCAGAAACCUCUCCCCAGACGGCAGCCAACUCAGCAGCCGAGCUGCUGAAGCAGGGGGCAGCCUGCAAUGUUUGGUACUUGAACUCUGUGGAAAUGGAGUCCCUCACUGGUCACCAGGCAGUCCAGAAAGCCUUGAGUAUGACCCUGGUUCAGGAGCCACCUCCGGUGUCCACAGUGGUACAUUUCAAGGUGUCUGCUCAGGGUAUCACCCUGACUGACAACCAGAGAAAGCUCUUCUUCCGGAGACAUUACCCUGUGAGCACUGUGAUCUUCUGUGCUUUGGACCCACAAGACAGGAAGUGGAUCAAAGAUGGCCCUUCCUCCAAAGUCUUCGGAUUCGUGGCCAGGAAGCAGGGCAGUGCUACAGACAACGUAUGCCACCUGUUUGCAGAGCAUGACCCCGAGCAGCCUGCCAGUGCCAUUGUCAACUUUGUGUCAAAGGUCAUGAUUGGCUCCCCUAAGAAGAUCUAAGUCCGUUACAGCCAAGCCCGCCAGAUGCCUCACAAGGCCCUCGUAAUGGCGGGCCCCCAUUUGUACCAGACUGACAAUCCUCACAUUCCAGACCCAAGGGUGGAGACUAUGGCAGCUCUUCAAAACAGAGACAACGUCACCACAGAUUGGCCUUUCCUGAGAGUAACUUCUCAUCCAACUCACCCACAUAGUCAGGCGCAUUUUGAGUGGAAGGAUCUUGGGCCAGCAUCCCACGGGCACGGCUGUAACAAGGAGAGAGUUUAGAAGACAAGGCAGCCCUGAGUCCCUGGCUCACUAGCAUCUGUGUGGAUGAGGAACACCCACCCUGCUUGGCAGGGGCUGAGUAACCUUGGUGCCCCACUUGUCAGAAGAAGGGCUCUGACCAGCAACUCCCUCGUCUGGUCUUUCUACGGUGGACGGUGGUGAAAUUGAGGAGGAGGGGAAGCAUGGUUAGUGAAGGUUCGCGCAGGUUGGAACAUGGUUGGGAGUCUAAGUUAGGGGACGGUUGAAGGGGUGCGAGGUGAGGGCAGUGGAAGCCUCUGGUGUCGGGGAGAAGCGUGCAGUGUCAGAGACCCCACUGCGGGUGUGAGGACCCCACGAUCCUACUCGCAGGUGGCCAGCUGGGCUGGGGAGAACCUAGGAAGGAAAAUGAGAAGACGGAAUCAAAAACGCCAUUUUAUGUAAUUUAUAUUUUACUUAUGCCAAAUUAUUUAUAACUGCUUGCCAUUGCCAUGUCAUGUGCUGCAGCCGACUAAGCCGGGAUUGCUGGAAGGAUCGUCCCCUUGUAGACACACCAGAGACAACUGUCCCUUCAAGGAGAAGGUGAGCAGUGGUCUCGGGGUGACACCACGCAGUCCUUCAUCUUCAGUUCUGCCAAGCGGUUCAGCCUCAAGCAGCCCACCCUCUGUUUGCACAGCGACAUGUCUUGCCCAUAUGUGGGUCAUCUCUUCCUGAUGGGAAUGUCCAGGAGAUGUGGGAGACUAAGAUGCUGGGAUCAGUCUCGGCCUCCUUUGCAAGACUGACUGGGCCCUCUCCGGGCCUGCGGGAUCUACAGUGCAUGUGGCAUUUCUAAGCUGUUACCAUGAUUCUCCUGCGGCACCUGCAGCUUCCAUGGGGACCUAUGUGGGUGUCGGGAGGGAGAGAAGGGGGACGAAGAGAAAGAUUGGGAAUUGUAGUCCUCACAGACUAGGUUUGAUUUGCUGAGUCAGGUGCGAUGGCUCAUGCUAAGAUCGGCACCCCAGUGUUGCAGGCUUCCUGCCUGCUUCUGUCAGUGGUCAGGGAUUUUUGAAGACGCCAGUGAGCCCUGCACUUCCCGGAAUGGAGGUAGAGCAGGGCUAUUGGGAGACAAAGCCAGAGUCUCCUUCUCUCAGAACGUCACACCCCAGGAAGGCUCGAGCAUCCCCAUCCCAGCCUGAAAUCCCCACGCUCUGAUUUCUAUAGUCCCCAGUGCCAGCUUACACAUCUCGUAGCUGGGAUAGGCGACCAUUGUCAGGCUGGGUUUGAAAAUCUACAUGGUGGAUCCUCUGUUUCAAAAGGGGGCAGAGAUGGAACUACAUGUAGAAUUGAAAUCAGCUCUGGUUUUGUGUGUGUGUGUGUGUGUGUGUGUGUGUGUGUGUGUGUGUGUGUGUGUGUGUGUGUGCGUGUGUGUGUGUGUGUGUAUGUAUGUACAGGUGGACCAUUCCACUUUUAGCUCAUGUGUGUGUUUGUGUGUGUUUACAGGUGGAUCAUUCCACUUUUAGCUCCUGUAUGUGUCUGUAUGUAUACAGGUGGACCAUUCCACUUUUUAGCUCCUAUUGAUGCACCAAAAGCAAGUGCCUCAUUUCUGUGCCAAAUGUUUGCCUUGGUCUCUAAGGACCUCCUUCGUGGACACACUCUGAUGUGCCUGUUAGAGGGAACGUGCAUCAUUCCCUAGAGGCCCCAUGUCUUCCACAGAGGCUUCUAGUGUUUCAGCUAUUCAUAUGCAGCUAAAACCCAGAUGGGGUGGGGUGGGGACUGAAGUUUGUGCUCUGGCCAAGAAGUGCCACGUCCUACGAUGGUUUAUAUGUAAAUGUGACCCAAAGACCAUAGGCCAGGUUCCUUGCUGGAGGGGGAGACAGCCUGAUUAGAAAUCAGCAGGGCAGAGCUGAAGCAAGCCUUCUAAUUAAUUGGGAUUUCAGGGCUUCCCACGAUGGAAUGCAUCCAAGAAGCCACGUGAAUGUGCUUUCAAAACUGACUGACCAGAUGUGACCUUUACUCAAGGCAGUGGUCAAGGGUAUUACGGAAUUUGCUCUGAGGAACCACAGGAAGACAGCUCUACAAGCUGGUAGGACUAGGUUCUGUCUUCUGUGUGUAGCUGUUUAUUGAACAGAGCAAGGUGAGACACAAUAUCAUAGACUAUACUGUGUGCUCAGAAACACUGGGAAGGGGCAUUGCCCACGGGCAUCAUUUGGGCACAAGUUACAUUCUCCUGGGAGUAAAUUCAGUGAUGCCCUACCUACCACUUCCAAUAGAUAGCCAGGGUCCCAUUAACCUUCUCAUUAAUGGUCUUAUAGUCUCCAGUGUUGGACUAUACCCAUGUUAGAAACCGCAAUGCAUUUAUCCUCAGUGUCAAAGACAUUGUAAUGUUGCCUUAUCUGUCUUAUCUGUUAGCGCAGUUUUCACUAUUCUAUAUUGUAAAGAAUAUAUAUCCAGUAUGUAAAUGAGUGUUCUAUAAACCUUUUGUAUAGGCAUUUUCUCUGCUCUUUAAAUAUCAGCCUUAUUCAGAGUAUAAUAAAAUUUAUGACCUUGGUAAGUAA